AUGGUCCUCCCCCGGUUUUGUCUGCGCGUGCGCACUCUGCUCACGGCGCUAUGCCUGGCGUCGCUGUUGAUCUGGUCCGUCUCGCGCUGGCGCUCCGAUCCACCACCCUCCCUCUCACAAUGGGGCCCCGCGUCGUCGCCAGAUGCUCUACCCGACCUAACAGACGCGCACCAGAAAUUCUGGUGGACGUUCCACCGGUAUCUCGAGAAAUAUGCGCCAGGAACAACCCCGAUUGUCGAGGACGAAAGAGCCCCGACGGAGCGAUUCGACCCGAACGACGCCCGCCCGCGCCCAAACUAUCUCAGCGUGGACGCCGAGGAUAUCGCCUUAAUCAAGAAUGCGCAUACGAGCUUCGUGGCUGCUAUCACGGGGGAAGACUCCGCGCCAACCCUCCCCUACGUCCCCGGCACAAAGGGCAUAGUCUCGACGGCUGGAGGCACAUACCUCCCCGUCCUGGUGAUAUCGCUACGCAUGCUACGACGAACAGGCUCAACUCUCCCGAUGGAAAUAUUUCUCGCCGACGAAGCAGAAUACGAAGAAUACAUCUGCGACGUGGUCCUUCCUUCGCUAGACGCGCGAUGCAUCGUCCUCUCACGCAUCCUCGCCGCCGCACCCGCAACGAUAGAAAAAUACCAAUUCAAGCCCUUCGCAAUGCUAUUCUCCUCCUUCGAGGAAAUCCUCUUCCUAGACGCGGAUGCCUUCCCCCUCGAAAAACCCGAAACACUCUUCCGCGCAGACCCCUUCCGCUCAACGGGCAUGGUCACCUGGCCCGAUUUCUGGGGAUCGACUGUCUCCCCGCUCUUCUAUGAGAUUGUCGGCACGACUGCGCCACCGCCGUCGUUGCGCCAGUCUACCGAGUCUGGCGAGGUAUUGGUAUCGAAGAAGACGCAUGUGCGUACGCUGCUUCUCGCUACGUAUUACAAUUACUGGGGUCCGUCGCAUUAUUAUCCGCUUCUUUCGCAGGGUGCUGCCGGCGAGGGUGAUAAAGAGACCUUCCUCGCCGCGGCGACGGCCAUGCAAGAACCCUUUUACCAAGUCAGCGAGCCGAUCGUCGCACUGGGACACCGCAAAGAUAAAGGUGGUGGUUUCGCGGGUUCUGCAAUGGCGCAGUUCAAUCCUAUACAGGACUAUGCGCUAGUUCGCACGGGCAAAGCGCGUGUGCGUGGUGACGAUGCUCCUCCACCGGAUGUGUUCUUCAUCCAUGCCAAUUUCCCAAAAUUCAAUCCCGCGACGGUCUUUGAUCAGCAUGAGGUGAAUCCGGCGUUUACGGAUGAGGGAGAGUACACGCGGGCGUGGACGAUCCCGGAAGAAGUUGUGGGUAGAUAUAGUGAGAAGGAGGAUGUUGAAAAGGCCUUUUGGAAGGAGGUUAAGUGGACGGCUUGUGAGUUGGAAGAGAAGUUUGUUACGUGGCAGGGGUAUACUGGUAUCUGUGAGCGUGUGUCGGAUUAUUGGAGGAACAUCUUUGAGUGGAAGCCUCUGCCGACGUGA